AUGAACGUCGAUCCCCUCACUGGGAAGCCCCUCCCUUCGACGGCCAUUCAACGCAUCCUCUACCUCGCGCCCAAAGUGCACAUCUACCAAAUCCCCCCCGCAACCUCGACAAAAGGCUACCAAGCCUCUACUUGGACCGCCAAUGACAACAAGUUACAAAUCUUCACGGCGCGGUUACGCGUCGUCGAAACAUCGGUGCCCAACAGCAACGCCGACGAGCAAAGCGCCGACGGAGAAGACGAAAACGUCACAACCACAUUACUGUUAGAGGACCCAAAGACUGGUGACCUAUUCGCUGCAGCACCGUAUACGAGCGAGCGAACAGUAGAGCAAGCCCUAGACAGCAGCCGCUUCUUCGCAAUAACCGUUGUGGGCGAGGGCAGAAAAGCAAUCUUGGGCAUGGGCUUCGAGGAGCGCAGCGAAGCAUUUGAUUUCAGCAUCGCACUACAAGACGCCCGCCGCGUCCUUGGUUUCGAGCAAAAACCAAACAACGCGCCCGCUUCGUCGCGCAAGACGGCGCAGUCUCCCGUCACAGAGGAACCAAAGCGCGACUUUAGUCUCAAGGCGGGCGAAACUAUAUCUAUCAACCUUGGCGGACUCAAGGGAAGGCGGUCGAGGAGUCAUGAGGGUGACAAGAGCGAAGACGGUCACAAGAGCGAACAGGAUGCGCUGUUUAGUAUAAAGCCGCCACCGGGGAGUGCGGGUGGAGGCGGGUUCCUGCCACCGCCGCCGAGUGCGAAGAGUGUCAAGGAGGAGCGGAGGAGGAGUAGGCAGAAUUUCGAUCCAUCGAGCGUGCCAAAACAGACGGCCGAGGAUCUGGGCUUUGACGAUGGCGAGUUUGGUGAGUUCCAAUGA